ACUGUGUGUAUUGAGGGAAGAUGCUUUGUCGGUAUGAGAUACAGAGCUGUUUCCUCUUGGCAUUUUUAGCUGUCACAGCUUUCUUCAUCAGUGAUGCCCAGAGCCAAGUGUCCCCACCAACAAGACUAAGAUAUAAUGUAGUCAGUCCUGACAGCGUACAGAUCUCUUGGAAAGCCCCCAAAGGGCAAUUCACUGGAUAUAAGCUGCUUGUCACUCCAAGUUCAGGUGGAAAAACCAAUCAAUUAAUUCUUCAAAACACUGCAACCAAAGCAAUUAUUCAAGGUCUUAUUCCAGAUCAAAACUAUGCCCUUCAGAUCAUUGCAUUCAGUGAAGACAAGGAGAGUAAGCCAGCACAAGGCCAGUUCAGAAUUAAAGAUAUAGAGAGAAGAAAAGAAACAAAUAAAUCCAAGGUGAAGGAUCCAGAAAAAACAAAUGCGAGUAAACCAGCUCCAGAAGGAAGCCUGUUUACCUGUAAAACUCCAGCAAUUGCAGAUAUUGUGAUACUGGUGGAUGGUUCUUGGAGUAUUGGCAGAUUCAAUUUCAGACUUGUUCGACUGUUCCUGGAAAAUCUGGUUUCUGCUUUCAAUGUGGGAGCUGAGAAGACAAGAGUAGGUCUUGCACAGUACAGUGGUGAUCCCCGAAUUGAAUGGCAUUUGAAUGCCUAUGGCACAAAAGAUGCUGUUUUGGAUGCAGUCCGUAAUCUACCAUAUAAGGGAGGGAAUACUUUAACAGGUCUUGCCUUAACUUACAUUUUGGAAAACAGCUUUAAGCCUGAAGCAGGUGCAAGACCUGGAGUAUCUAAAAUCGGUAUACUGAUCACUGAUGGGAAAUCCCAAGAUGAUGUUAUCCCUCCUGCUAAAAACCUACGAGAUGCUGGCAUAGAGCUGUUUGCAAUUGGUGUAAAGAAUGCAGAUAUAAAUGAACUCAAAGAGAUUGCCUCUGAACCUGACAGCACACACGUCUACAACGUUGCUGACUUUAACUUCAUGCACACCAUUGUUGAAGGUCUUACCAGAACCGUGUGCUCACGAGUAGAGGAACAAGAAAAGGAAAUCAAAGGAACAAUUGUUGCUUCACUUGGAGCUCCUUCGGAUUUGGUCACAUCUGAGGUAACAGCUAGAGGAUUUCGGGUUAGCUGGACCCAUGCACCGGGCAAAGUGGAAAAAUACAGGGUUGUGUACUAUCCCACUCGAGGAGGACAACCGGAAGAGGUUGUGGUAGAUGGAAGCUUGUCAACAGCAGUUCUGAAAAACCUAAUGUCUUUAACUGAGUACCAGAUAGCUGUAUUUGCUAUAUACUCAAAUGCUGCUAGUGAGGGCCUCCGUGGAACUGAAACUACGCUUGCCUUGCCAAUGGCAUCGGAUCUGCAAUUGUACGAUGUGUCACAGAGCAGCAUGAGAGCGAAGUGGAAUGGAGUAGCGGGAGCCACAGGUUACAUGAUCCUAUAUGCUCCCCUCACGGAAGGACUCGCAGCAGAUGAGAAGGAGAUAAAAAUUGGGGAGGCCUCAACAGAUCUUGAACUGGAUGGACUAUUGCCAAAUACAGAAUAUACAGUCACAGUUUAUGCCAUGUUUGGAGAAGAAGCUAGUGAUCCCCUCACAGGACAAGAAACUACAUUGCCUCUAAGUCCACCAGCAAACUUGAAAUUUUCUGAUGUUGGACACAGCAGUGCUAAGCUAACAUGGGAUCAUGCUUCCAAAAAUGUAAAUGGCUAUCGCAUCAUGUACGUUAAAACAGAUGGAACAGAAACUAAUGAGGUGGAAGUUGGUCGUGUUUCAACCCAUUCUCUAAAAAAUCUGGCAUCCCUUACAGAGUAUACUGUUGCUAUUUUCUCCCUGUAUGAUGAAGGACAAUCUGAACCACUUACUGGCAGCUUUACCACAAAAAGAGUUCCAGCUCCCCAGCAUUUGGAAAUUGAUGAAGCAUCAACAGAUAGUUUUAGGGUCAGCUGGAAGCCCACCUCGUCAGAUAUUUCUUUUUACAGAUUGGCAUGGAUUCCUUUGGAUGGGGGGGAAUCUGAAGAGGUUGUCAUAAAUGGAGACACAGACAGUCAUGUUAUUGAGGGUUUGUUGCCCAACACAGAAUAUGAAGUUUCUUUGCUGGCGGUUUUUGAUGAUGAAAGUGAAAGUGAAGUUGUUGCUGUUCUUGGAGCUACAUCUGAAAGGACUACCACAAUACCUACCAUGGUGACUACAACCAGUACCACAACUUCUAAGCCCACCACAGCAGUUUUUCGAACAGGAAUCAGAAACCUUGUGGUAGAUGAUGAAACAACUUCAAGUCUGAGGGUGAUAUGGGACAUUUCAGAUUACAAUGUUCAGCAGUUCAGAGUGACCUAUCUCACUGCGAAAGGUGACCGUGCUGAGGAAGCGGUAAGAAUG